CGGAAUAGACUUUAGUGGUUCUACUGACUUCAUCAGUCCAAGCCUUUAGGAUGACCAUCGUUCCUCGUCUUAUGACGCUUGCUGACCUCAGUGGUCCUCAAAUAAACCGACUUGUUACUCAUGCUCAUCAUUUGAAGCAUUUGUCUCUCCCCUGGCUGGCCCCGCAGCACGCGACCAAGAAAAAAAGCAACCUUCGUAUGCCAUCCCAGUCCCUUUUUAACAAAUCUAUUGCCCUUCUCUUUUCAAAACGCAGCACUCGCACUCGCAUCGCGGCGGAGACUGCUGCUGUCCUUUUGGGUGGACGCGCGCUCUUCCUCGGUUCCAGUGAUAUCCAGUUUGGCGUGAACGAAUCUCCUCGUGACUCUGCACGAGUCAUCGGGGGUAUGUGUGAAGGCAUAUUUGCACGUGUUGGCGCACAUGAAGAGAUCGAGGAGCUUGCAAAGUACUCUCCAGUACCUGUCCUCAAUGCUUUAUCGUCAUUUUGGCAUCCGACUCAAGUUCUUGCUGACCUCUUGACCCUCCAUGAACAUGCUCACCUCUUCUCCCCCGACACACCACCAUCCUCUCCUUCAAAGCCUCUUCCUUCCCUACGACCACUCACGGUUGCAUACGUCGGUGAUUCUGCAAACGUCCUCCACGACAUGCUCGUUACCUACCCGCGCCUGGGUCACAAGCUUCGCGUCGCAUCACCCCCACAACCUCAAUACCAACCUCCCAAACCCGUCUGGGAUCGUGUUGUUGAACUCGGAUGCGAGAAACACAUCUUCUGGAGCAGUGAUCCGCGUGAAGCUGUAAAAGGUGCGGAUGUUGUCGUUACUGACACCUGGAUUUCCAUGGGUCAAGAAGCCGAGAAGGCACAGCGUUUGAAAGAUUUCGCUGGCUAUCAGGUUACCGAAGCUCUUUGUCGCGAAGGGGGUGCGAAUCCAGACUGGAAAUUCCUCCACUGUCUCCCACGAAAGCAGGAUGAGGUGGAUGAUGAGGUGUUUUAUAGCUCUCGGUCUCUUGUCUUCCCAGAAGCGGACAACCGCAAGUGGACCAUCAUGGCCGCGUUUGAUCUUCUGUUUGGCAAGUGGGACAUUACAGGGGAGAAGACUGCAAAAGGCGUUGAGUAGCCUGCCUCCGAGUGAAAUGUCAUAACGCAAAAUAUGUACAUAGCUUAUUAUAUUCCUAGUACUGGUACCUUCAAGGUGUCAAGCACUCAGAAUAUCAGUCUUGAUUGAAGUAGAAUAAUUUCCGAAGUACUAAGUACUUAGUAGGGUGAGAAGCAGUGGUUCGGACUAACCCAGCG